CACUACUCAGGAGGACAUUGGCACUGCAAACAACAAGCCACAGACCUUCGCCAGCGCGACCAUGCCUCCACCCGGCAUCAACACGGAUGGGGUGUCUGCGGGAGCGAUCAGGUCCUUCCUGCAGGGCCUUGAGACGGCGUUUCCAGAGAAGCACAAGGACAUGACAACGCAGGAGGCGUGCGUGGAGUUUGUUGUGCCACAAACAGAGGAGAAGCAGUGCGCGUACAUUGACGUGAUGCGGGAUCAAAACGCCAGUGAUGACGUGCGCCCUGCAACCGUGUUUGUGUCGCAUGCGUGGCGCUACAAGAUCGUGGAUGUCCUCACCACGCUGCUGGAGUUUGCCGAGGAGGAGGAGAGCAAGCAUGGCCGCAAGACCCACUUCUGGUUCGAUCUCUUCAUGAACAACCAGCAUCAAAACGUCACCGCCAACCUCCCCCAAGAGUGGUGGAGCACGACGUUCAAGGAGUCGAUCGCAUCCAUCGGCAAAGUGCUGCUGGUGCUGACGCCUUGGAACAACCCCGUGCCGCUGACGCGCGCGUGGUGCCUGUGGGAAAUCUUCUGCAGCAUCAGCCAGCCCGAGGUGGAGCUGGAGAUCAGGCUGCCCAGUGCCCAAACCCCUGCCUUGAAGCAGGCCGUCUUGCACGACUUUGAAGCCGUGGUGAACAUGUUGGUCGAGGUGCAAGCAGAGAAAGCAGAGGCCUGGAAAGCAGAGGACAGAGACAUGAUCUUCGGGGCCAUCCGUGCCAGCGUCGGCUUCCCCGCGCUGAACAAGGUGGUGAAGGACCAGAUGCGGCAGUGGUGCUUGGCAACGGUCCACGCGUUUGUCGAUGAAGCAGAGGCUGCGUUCUCAAGGGACACGGCAGCACAGAAGCAGGGGCAACGCCCCAGUAGUGAGGCGCUUGAGCCAUCGGCACUGGCACAGCUCUGCGGGCAAGUUGGCACCGUCAUGACCAAGUUCGGUGCGCACGAGAAGGCCAUCGCGUUCUACAAGCGGGACCUGGAGCUGACGCUGCGGGCAGUCGGUGAAGAUCACGAGAACACCGGCAUCACCCUCAACAACCUGGGAAACGCGCACAUGAGCAGGCACGAGCUGGGCGAAGCGGCUCAGUGCUUCCGGCGCGCCGCGAAGAUCUGGUCAAAGGUGCUUGGGCCGACACACGCAAGGGUGGGCGCGGCAUGCAACAACCUCGGCAGCGUCUACAAGACCAUGAACGACGUUGACACGGCCAUGACGUGGUAUCGCAGAGCGCUGGACAUUAGGAUGAGCGCUCUCGGCGAAGAGCACCCCGAAACGGCCGCCACCAUCGACAACAUGGGAAGCUGCCACCAGAGCAUGCAAAACUAUGAUGCCGCCAUUGCUUGCUUCGUGCGUGCGCUCAAGAUCAAGACGAAGCUCCUGGGCGCUGCGCACCCCGAGACGGCCAUCACUUACAACAACCUCGGCAGCGCGUUAGAGGGCAAAGGGGACACGGACCAGGCAAUCGAGUAUUAUCUCAAGGCGCUGCGAGUCAAGCAGGACACCUAUGGCGCUGAGCAUCCAAGCACCGCCAUCACCCACGGCAACCUGGGCAACUCUUAUGCCAGCAAGGGCGACUUUGGCCAGGCAGUGAGCCACCUGGAGACAGCGCUGCGAGUGUUCACAGUCACUGUGGGCGCGAGCCAUCCUCACGCCGCGCUCGUCGCAAAGAACCUUGGCAUUGUGCGCCAGUGGCAGCAGCAGCAGCAGCAGCACACCGGCGACGAACCGCCCGUUUCGUCAAGCAGCCGGCGCCAGGAAGAUGUGUCGCGCCAGCAAUUGCUGCUGCGCUUCCUUCUCACAUCUCUCCAGCAUCAGGCGCGAGUGGAUGACAUUGUACAGCAACAGCGGCUUCUCAUGCGGUUCCUCGGAGUCCACGCUUGACACAAUGUCAUUGCGCAGUUGCACGAAGAGCCAUCAAGUUAGCCUUCACACCCAGGCAGCAAUCAAGGCAGCCAGCCCGCUGUCCCAGAGUAGAGCUUGUUCGGUUCUGCCUCUGUGUUGUUUGCACCCCCCCCCCUUUGUUGCUUUUGAUCACUAUCAUCCCAUGACUCUUCAUGGACGCCGCGUUACCCCCACCAUGGUUUGGUUACGACGUUAUGUUACAUGUGGCUCCUUGCGUCAUAGAUUUUUGUCUGUUCCCCGCCCGC